AGUUUUGCAGCUGACAGAUGUGGACCAAUCAGAUGGGGAGAACGACUGCAGGCGGGCUGCGAUUGGUUAGGAGUUGGACAGGCUGCGUGUGCGAACAGAUGAUCGGAGGAUCGGAACCAGAGGUGGACCAGAUGAAAGCAGGAGCAGCGCGCACACAGUCUGACAGGAUGAUCCGUUCGGUGCUGAUCUGCUGGGUCCUCUUCAUUGCUAGCAGCGGUGGGAAGCCCACAGAGAGGAAGACUAAGGUCCAUCAGGCAGAACCGCUCAGUCAGCUCCAACAUGACGACGACAAGAACUUUGACUACGAUCAUGAGGCUUUCCUCGGACAAGUUGAUGCCAAAACGUUUGAUCAACUGUCACCAGACGAGAGCAAACGCAGACUCAGCAUCAUUGUAGAUAAAAUUGACAGCAACAAAGAUUACUUUGUCUCUGAGGAGGAGCUGAAGCUCUGGAUCAAGAAUGUCCAGAACCGACACAUGUUUGAGAAUGUGGAGCAUCAGUGGAACGAAUUCGACCUGAACAAGGACGGCCUGAUCAGCUGGGAGGAGUACAGGAACGUCACGUACGGCAGUUAUCUGGAUGGUCCUCUAACUGAGACAGAGUAUAACUACACCCACAUGAUGGCGAGGGACGAGAGACGCUUCAAAGUCGCAGACAGAAACGGAGACAUGAGCGCAGACAGACAAGAGUUUAUGGCUUUUCUUCAUCCAGAGAACCAUGACUAUAUGAAGGACGUGGUGGUGCAGGAAACGAUGGAGGACAUAGACAAGAACGGAGAUGGCUUCAUUGACCUGAAAGAAUAUAUCGGUGACAUGUUCACUGCAGAUAACGGAGCAGAGGAACCAGAGUGGGUGGCCACGGAACGCCAGCAGUUUUCAGAGUUCAGGGACAAAAACAAGGAUGGGAAGAUGGACAGGGAGGAAACUCUGGACUGGAUCCUUCCAGCAGAUUAUGACCAUGCCAUCGCUGAGGCCAAACACCUGCUGUACGAGUCUGACACCAACAAGGAUGGAAAACUAACCAAGGAGGAAAUUCUCACCAAGUUUGACCUGUUUGUGGGAAGUCAGGUGACGAAUUACGGCGAAGCUUUACUGCGACACGACGAGUUCUAGAAAAAUCCUGAGUUUAUUGCAGUUUUUUUAUUUUAUUUUUUUCUCUCUUUUUUUUCACGCGUCCUGUCGCCACAUUUCAGGCACAUCAUAUAGAAAAGCUGGUUGCCUACACAUGCCAGAGCAAUUUUGCUCUACAAAAAGAACAUCUCAAGAAGAAAUCCUGGUUACAUGAUUGACUUUAUUAAAUCAAGACUGAGUUCAGCAUCAAAGUAGGGCAGACCACAUUGCUGUAAUAGUAACCUGUGUUUGUAUGAUCUACAACCAUUUGGAUUAUUUGUGUGUCAGUGUGUGGGUGAGAGCAUGUUUAAAAAUAAGUGUGUUUGUGUUGAGAAGGCCAGUUGGUCACCUGACGAUGCACAGUUGUUAGAGUGUUGAGAUUGGUAGAAGGCCUGCAACACCCAAGAACAGCAAAGGACAUGUGGACCUGCUUCCACUAGAUCCCUGCAGCCCUAGGCCAAAGAGCCACAGGGUGAGACGUAAGGCUCUGAGCCCCCCUGACCAGCCUCAUUGGCAGCAUGACCGGCCAGCACCAAGCAUAAGAGACCCACCAGAGUCCACAACAUGCUGGACAGGCACCAUCCUACCGCACCAACCAGAACUCAGAAGGACCAAGGUAGGGGGGGCACAGUACUAUCCCACCUGGUGAGCUAGUCCCUGGAAGGUCAUGAGGGAGGGAUGCCCACCAGAGUCAGCAUAGCCCCAGUGGCCCAAGGUCAGGCCAUUACUUUGGGAUUUGGUAAAACACCCAAUCCUCCUGUUCCUGCUAUACCAGCACAGACGCGGGUACCGGAGCAAAAGAGGAUCACACUGUGCACCCAGAGUACCCAACCCCCCACGCCCCCGUGGCUGAGGUGUGCCGGACCCCUCUGCUGAGUCUCCCCAAACAUUAAGCCCUAAGUGUCUUUAGUGUAUUAAAAUUGAAAUGCAGGAUGGGACCAAACAUAGUGGAGGCACUGCAUGGUGCUCCUGCCUUGCCUGCAAGGUCCAUUGUCCCAUACAUCAGGACCCUGCUGCUGUGCAGUGUUGCACACACGACUCCAAAAAUGGACAUUCGGCCUUCGUGUGAAAUUUCAGGAGGAACUUAUUAAAAUGCACUAUAACCUUUACAGAUGACCUUAAUGUGACCUUCUCUAAACAUCUGAAUGCACUUGUCCAACUGUUCAGUGUUUCAGUCAUUUUUGCAGAACGUUCUGUUCUCUAACAAGGAUCUUAACAGGCAAAUUAGCAACAGGUGUUUGAUCCAUGAAUCGACCAAUACAUUUCCUGGUUCAGAGUUGGUAUCUAAACAGUCCUCCUCAUCAAGCUGUUCACAUUUUGACCUCAUGACACCAAGAUGACACCUAACAUCUAAUCAACAGAACCUCACCUUCAUUGUGAACAGAACCCUGCAGAACCGAAUGAUGAAUGCCCCUCAGCUCCAGGCACAUUUAAGGCAGGUGAGAGGCACCUAAGUGUCACGUCAGGCCAUUAGAAACUGUUUACUUUAGAAGACCUGCAAGAGUAUCUGACCACACCACCAGGGACAGCUAUCAUUAUCUUGCAUGGACCAGGGAGCAUUCAUGCUGGACGAGGAACCAGUGGUCCUCAGUGCUGUUCUCUGAUGGUGGUCAAUUCACGUUGAGCAGAAAUGAUGAUCCAACAAUGUUGGAGACACAAGAAGAGCUCUGGUGACAACAGUGGCUGUUGUCACCAGAGGAGGCUUUGGUGGUGGUGCUACAGUGUGAGCAGGUGGGUCUAGUCAAUACAGAACUGCUCUACACUCUGAAUGGUAGCAUGAGAAGCCCAUACUACCUGAAUACCAUUAUUAAACCAGACAUUGUACCCCUGCAUGAACAACACAGGUCUAAUUUCAUCUUGACGAACAACAAUGCUCCAUCUCAUCAAGGUCUCAUCAUCAGGAAAUGGCUGCUAGAGACUGGGGUAUCUGGAAUGGGGGGUCCUGCACUUUCUCCAGAUCUGAAUCCCAGAGAAAACCUAUGAGAUCAUCCGAGUCGCCGUCAGGAGGCUCGUCAAUUUGUACCCCAGAAACUCAAUGACCUGAGAACCACUCUUAAAGAAGAGUGGGACGCCAUCCCUCAGCAGACAAUAAGUUGACAUUUGGACAGCAUGAGACGUCGACAAGCUGGAGUUGAUGCUCAAGGUCACUUGACACUAUUGAGACACUGACAUUUUUAUUGUUGUCUACCAACCUUGCUGUUGGCUUUUGUUUCAAUAAACUGAGAUGAGGAAAUCACA